GUUGGAAAGUUUGGUUUAGUGGGCGCAACAUCUGUGGUCAUAUGCCGGAGAGAGACAGAAGGGGAAGGAAUUAUAGGAGAAGGGAACAGUUGGAAAGUUUGGUUUAGUGGGCGCAACAUCUGUGGUCAUAUGCCGGAGAGAGACAGAAGGGGAAAAAAUUAUAGGAGAAGGGAACAGUUGGAAAGUUUGGUUUAGUGGGCGCAACAUCUGUGGUCAUAUGCCGGAGAGAGACAGAAGGGGAAGGAAUUACAGGAGAAGGGAACAGUUGGAAAGUUUGGUUUAGUGGACGCAACAUCUGUGGUCAUAUGCCGGAGAGAGACAGAAGGGGAAGGAAUUAUAGGAGAAGGGAACAGUUGGAAAGUUUGGUUUAGUGGGCGCAACAUCUGUGGUCAUAUGCCGGAGAGAGACAGAAGGGGAAGGAAUUAUAGGAGAAGGGAACAGACCCCAGGAGACGGGACACAACCCCCGAUUAAUACCUGGUACCCAUUCACUGCUGGGUGGACAGGGGCGCAGGGUAUCGGAAAAGCCACCCAAAUUUUUCCACUCCGCCCGGGAAUCGAACCCGGGCUCUCUCGGUUGUGAGCCGAGUGUGCUAACCACUGCACCACGAAGCCCCCUAUGUACUUUGGGUACUUCCGGAUCCUGAACUCACCUAGAGCACACCCACACCAACAGGCGGGGUAGGCGGUGGCUGAGUGGUAGCGUGCUGGGCCCACAUUCACCACGUGAUGGAUGACGUGGGUUCGAAUCCCCACGCUACCACCUGGGAUUUUUCAGUCACCGCCGAGUGGCUUAAAACUACCCACAAGCUGUCCUGAAGACCACCCAUCAACCCGGACUCUAGAGGAAACCGUCCAAGUGAAUCAAGAAGAAGUUCCGGGGGGCAGCAUGAGCCAAGAGAAGAUGGCGCCACUAUAAACACUUGCCUGCGCCAUGAUGGGCUGGGGCCGAACACCAUCCAGGCCCCUCAAGCAAGCCUACUGGUGCUAGGAAAUCCCCGAUAUACGAAAGCUCGAUGUACGAAAAUUCGGAUAUACGAAAGUGAAAAAUAUAGGACAAUUUUCGGUUCACGAAAGACAUGCUUCGCAUAUACGAAAAGUACGACAGUUUCCGCGCCCACUGUUUCGUACCCGAUGUCUAUAUCGGUCGCCGCGCGCCGUCAACAGCCUCACGCACACUCGCUCACUCGUGUUUUUUAUCUGCCUCCAUCAUGGCUCCCAAGCGCCCAGUCACUUCAUCCUCCUCUGAGCAGCCUCCAAAGAAAAAGCAGCACAAGAUCCUGACCCUUGAGAAGAAGCUAGAGAUCAUCAAACGCCAUGAGGAAGGCCAGGGUGUCAGUGACAUCGGGCGCGCCAUGGGUCUUGCACCUUCCACGGUGGGGACAGUGACAAAGAAAAAGGCCAUUUACAAGAAGAUGGUGACAACUGCUGCAGAAUUUCCUUCAGCCUGCAGGAUCACCAGAGUCAGGAGCGUCAGACUGGAGAAGAUGGAGCAGUUGCUGGUGGCCUGGAUAGACGACUGCAGUGCAAAGAAAAUACCUAUUUCGCUUGCUCUGAUUCAGGAACGGGCACGCGCCCUGUGGGGAAGCAUGCAGCCUGAGGACGAGGAGGCAGUGGACGACCCGGACCAGCCCGGACCUUCGUCAGGUUCGCCAGUCAGUCCAAGGGAGCUGGAGGAGUUUAAGGCCAGUCGAGGGUGGUUUGACCGCUUUCGCAAGAGGGCCGGUCUCAGCAACGUACGGCUUCAGGGAGAGGCCGCCAGCGCUGAUAAAGAGGCUGCUGAAGCCUUCCCUGCCCAGUUCUUGAAGGUGAUUGAGGAUGGUGACUUCUCCCCAAAGCAAGUGUUCAACAUUGAUGAAACUGGCCUCUACUGGAAGAAGAUGCCGGCAAGGUGAGUACCAAAAAUUGAGCUUCACUGUUAUUUUAGUUAUUUUUUGUCUUGAAA